UCUGCCAGAAGCCAAAUAAAGAAGGAGGAACAACAACGCGCAGGUUCUGUAGACAAAUAAUUGACUUCAGUUUGUUUUCUUGUAACGAUGACUUUUUCAUAACGAAUGUCAUCAUGAUGGCUAACACAUCAUUUGAAAGUACUUUAUUGAAAGAAACACCUCUAACAUCUACAAAAAAUAAAUUCCUCUUGGAACCUGAGUCAGGAAAUUUAUUACUGGACGGAGCUACCUUUAACAGCAUUUGUAAUCUGAAAUCUGGAACUGCUAUUCCUUCUAGGAAAAGGAAAUUUUACUCAUCUUAUUUAGAAAGCUUAACAAAUGAAAACAAUGCAUUAACAAGCACUGUAAACAAGUUUCUGCCAAAGCCUCCAGUUCUUGAAAAGAAAGAAAUCUUUGCUAAGAAAAAGAAGAAGAAGAAACUUAUGUACCGUCGCACGAGGCAUAGAUAUCUAUGUGCUCGUUCCAUGUCUAGGUCAAGGUCAAGGGAGUCAGUUUCAGAUACAUAUGCUGAUGAAUUGGAGUUUGGUGAACCUUGUGGCUUUUCAUUAAAUGAUGAUGCAGUUGAUUAUGCAGCAGAACGAUUUGCAGAUGUACCAUCAUCAAAAUUUUCAAAAACAGCUGCCCCUGCUGUGUUUGGUCAAACAGCUGUUCUCUGUUCAGCAUCUCCUUCAUAUAGUCCUGCAUCUCCUUCAUACUGCUCUAAGGCUCCUGAAUACAUCAGAUAUAGGGAUGCUGAUUUUCCAGAAUCGGAAAGAAAUAUACCCCCAGAACCUCUUCCGUACUUUAGUACAUUUGCUGCGGAUGUAAGCCCAAAUGAACGUUUUAGAUCUGUCCCUAACCGUCGCGCUGGAAACCUCAACAGAGCUUUCGCUUUUGGAGCUUCUCCUAUUCGUCAGACACCUAUGGGCUUUUUCGAGCCACCUGUUCCUGGUAUUCCUCGCUCAGCGGUUUUACGUGCACCCACUGUGAUACCUGAGUUAUCCAAGAUGCCUGCAUACAAUUUUGCAUCUGUAGAGGAGUUUAAAUCUGAAACAUUUGAAUCAUUUAGUUUCGUAGACUCGAAGGCAAGUUUACUUCAACUUGAGAGGGCGCGAAGUGUAAAGAAUAAAAAAAUGCAGUUCUUGAAUAUCACAAGUAUGGCAUUAAUUUAUAAUUCGAAUUUGAAAAACACUGCGGAUGACUAUCGGGUAACCAUUCAGAAAUAUGCAGACGAAGUAAAGAUUUUUGAUCCCGAAUUUGUUUUAAAGGUUGCUCUUUUUAGUCGACAAGAACUUCAUAUUAGGUCAGCUUCUAAUUUUCUUUUGUCUUAUGCUGCUUACCAUGAAGAAACACGUCCUUAUUUAGAAAAGUAUUUUGAUUCAUGCAUAAGACUACCUUCAGACUGGAUGGAAGUUGCUGAAUUGUAUCAGGUGUUUUCCGACUCGAGAUUAAAGAACAGAUCUCUGCCUUCAGCUCUAAAAAAAGUUAUGGCUAAAUCAUUUUCAAAAUUUGAUGAAUAUCAGUUAGCUAAAUACAAUAGAGACAAGAAAAGCUCAAAGACAAAUGGCUUCACUUUAAAACAGCUGAUACGACUUCUACAUUUGGAUUCUCCUGCUAAUCAAAUUUUAUGCCUUCUUGGAAAAAAAUAUCCAGAAACAGCUGAAGCAUUUAGGAAAACUAAAUUGGACGGCUUGUGGGAUUCUAGAAGAGCUGGACAACGAAUGAAAUUGCCUGUACCGGAAACAUGGGAGACUCAGAUAUCAGCUCGUGGAAAUAAACCUGAAAUCUGGGAACAGUUAAUAGAUCAUUCUAAACUUCCAUACAUGGCGAUGCUGCGUAAUUUAAGAAAUUUGAUGUUAUCAGGCAUUUCUCAGAAACAUCAUGAUAAAGUGCUGAAGCAUUUAAAGAGUAAAGGCGCUGUUGUCAAUAGUAGACAAACCCCUCUUCAAUUUUUUGAGGCAUUCAAAGUCCUUAACGAAAUUAGGCAGGCUUUUUAUUCAAGAAACGAUGACAGAAGAGGUGAACCAGCCUGGAAAAAGAAACGAAGAAACAGAAUAAUAGAGAGAGUCAAUGAAAUUUCACACGAUCUUGUGGAUGAUUACGAAAAGGCUGUUAGUGAAGCUCUCGACAUCUCUGCACUUCAUAACUUGCAGCCCAUCCCGGGAAAAAGUUUGGUCAUCUGUGAUAUACUUUUUCCAUCAUCGCUUGAGACGAAUAAAAAAAAGAAGAUGUAUUCCCUUUGUGUCAUGAUGGGACUGAUGUGUCUGAAAGCUUGUGAAGAUUGUAAAAUGAAUGUGAUUUGCGGCAGCUAUUCAGAUACAUUUGAGCUAUCAGAAGAUAUUUCUUUUUGUCAAUCCAUAAAGGACGCCUGUGCAAAAUAUGAACAUGAAAGUGGAAAUAAAACUAGCAAUAACUCAGGAAAAGCUGUGAAAAAUGUUCUAGAAUAUUAUCUGAAACAACAUGUUAUUUUAAGAGAAAAGUUAGAUCAUGUGAUAGUUCUCAGAGGAUCUGGCUCGGAUGGUGACGAAACUGUUAAAAAAAUAAUCAAAUCUUUUCUUCAUAAAUAUCGGGAAAUGGUUAACCCUGAAUUGCUGUAUACAGAUGUGGAUUUUUUUAUGAGUAACUCUAGUUUAGAUGAAUCUGAUAGUGCUGAUGGUAAAGAUGUUUACCUUGGUGGAAAUGCUACUCAGUUAGUCAAAUUUAUUGCUGAACGAUCCAGUGGAGGACAGCUUACAUAUGUUGAAAACAUUGAUCUGAAAUAUGAUCUUCAAAAUAAAGUAGUUUCUAAAAAAUGUAAAAAACUCAAUGUUUUACCAGAACAAGAAAAACUUCCUGUGUUGACAAAAGUUCCUAAAUGGCAGACAGUACGCAUUUUCAUCUCUUCCACGUUUAAAGAUAUGCAUACUGAAAGAGAUUUGUUGAUUCGAUAUGUCAUUCCUGAGUUAAGAAAAAGAGCUGCUUCGGUGUUUGUCAAAAUUAAUGAAGUGGAUCUGCGCUGGGGCAUCACUGAAACUGACUGUGCUUCUAAACGUGCUGCUGAAUUGUGCCUUCUGGAAGCUCAGAAAUCUGAUUUAUUCAUCGGUAUCUUGGGUGACAGAUACGGUACUAUAUUUAAUUAUGACCCUCCAGAUUCCCCAGAACUUCAAUGGGUUAAGGAUUACCCUCGUGGUUUAUCAAUAACUGAACUUGAAAUGCAUGCUGGAGCCCUGAGAGAAGACAAAUUAUUGAAAAAGAAGGCAUUCUUUUACAUUCGAAAUAACAGCUUUUUGAAUUUCAUGCCUGAAAAAUACAGAAGUCACUUUGAAUCUGAAAAUCCUGAAUCAAAUCUAAAAGUGGAGGCUCUAAAGUCAAAGAUACGUUCAAGCGGGCUGAAAGUAUAUGACGGAUAUACUUGUAAUUUCGCUGGAGUAUUGGAUGGUAAACCGGUUCUGUCAGGAUUAGAUAAUUUUGGUAAAACUGUUUUGAAUAAUACAUGGACUGCUAUAAAGGAAAUGCAUGAAGAGGAUCCAUACGCUGAUGAUGUUAUGGAAGAAGAAAUGUGUCAACAAUCGUUAUUACAUUCUUUCGAUUCCUUUGUCGAAGUAAAAAAUUCACCUGUGGGGGAUUUGAUGAAGGAAAUUGAAAAGCAUUGUGGUAUUUUUCUUAUUACUGGAAGUCCUGGAUCUGGAAAAACUACUUUUGUUGUCGAUUUAUUGCGAAGACUGAAAAAUUUCUCUGUUAUAAAGUUUUUUGUUGGUCUUUCACCACGAUCUACUGAAUUAUCAUAUAUGCUUCAGUAUAUUUCUAAUUCUAUUGCAAGAACAUUCCCGGUUUCUUCGAUAUUUCCUAAGUUGACCAGUGAUGUAAGAAAUCAUUUUCCUGACAUUCUUCAAGAAGCUGUUAAUUCCACCGGAAAUUCUGAUUUUGUUCUAGUUAUUGAUGGACUAGAUCAUUUAUCAGCUGAUGACCAGCUGCUUGAUUGGCUUCCAAUAAAUUUGCCUCAGGGUCUGAGACUGAUAUGCUCUGCUUCAGAUACAUCUUAUGCUUUUAAAGUUUUAAAUGAAAGAUGUAUGCAUGAAGACAUUAUGCAUGUGAAUUUAACAGCAAUUAAUCAGGUGGAUCGAGAAAAUGUCAUAAGGCGGUAUUUGCAAUUGUAUGGAAAAUCACUUGAUGAAAGUUCCUUUAAUAAUCAAAUGUUGCUGUUGGUGACUAAAAAAGAUAGUGGUACACCUCUUUACUUAAGAAUAGCAUGUGAUUACCUCAGAAGUUAUGCUUCAUUUGACAAUUUCAUGUCCACUCUUCAAAGUUUGCCAUCAUCUAUGCCUUUACUUUUUCAAGAGAUUAUAUUGCAAAUGGAAAAUGAAUAUGGAUCUGUCCUUGUACAAACAAUGUUAACUUUAUUAUCCAUCACUAAAGAAGGCUUGGAUGAUGCAGAUUUACAUACCUUGCUGUCAUUAGUUUCCCUCGAAAAAGAGAAAAGGUCAUUCUUGUCUUUUCAUGAAGCCAUUUCUCAACUGAAAAAAUUAAGUCCUGACAACAUGCUAUCUCAAGUUACAUAUUGCUCCGUAAUGCACACUGUUAGUUCGUUCGCUUUUGGCUGCCGCAGGUUCAAGAAAUACUCUUUAAUUGGCUCAGAAUUUGAAAAAGCUGUUAAAAAAUAUUAUUUGAAUAAGAAUUAUUCAAAUUUCUCUAAGUACAUGCAUCGAAUCUUAGCAGCAUAUUAUUAUAUCACCUGCGACUUUGAAGACAAUGGUACUUGGAAAGGACGAUCUGGAUCAGCCUUUAGAGGACUAAUUUUUCAUUUGUUCCAUGGAAGCUGUUACCAGGAGCUUGCUGAUUAUCUGUGUUGUCUCCAAUUUCUAGAAACUGCUUUUAGUGUGGAAGCAUCGGACUUACUUUUAGAAUAUUAUUCGUUGCUAUUUGAAGAACGUCGAACAGGAAGUAGUGAAGCUUUAAGAAAAAUUCAUUUUCCUUUAUUGUCAUCAUUUUACGACUUUGUGUCGCGGAAUUUGCAUAUUUUUCAAAUAUACCCUGAUUUAGUUAUGCAACAAGCAUUAAAUGAGCCAUCAGAUUCUCUAGUGAAAUUAAAUCUUCAGAAAAAUGAUGUUUAUAAAUCGUCUGUUGUAGAGUGUCUUUCUAUUUCUGACCAUGAUCCUAGGAUUGCAACUCUGAGAGGAUUUUUUAAGAACAUUACUUCAGCUUCUUGUCAGAAAGUAGCAUCUCACGCCUUAUUAGGAAGUGAGGAUGGUUAUUUAAAAGUUCUAGAUUUUGCAUCCAAGAAAAUUAUUAGAAGUGUUAAAAGUCAUUCGUCUGCAAUAACUUUUAUAUGUUCGGCUGGAAAAAAUCGAAUAUGUACUGCUUCGACGGAUACUACCCUUAGCAUUUGGAGUACUGUUGACUACAGCCGCAUUUCUGUACUGAAAGGACAUAAACACAUCGUUUCCUGUUGUUGUGCUGAUUCUUCAAGCACUAUUUUACUUUCAUCUGGGUGGGACAAUUCUGUGCGGCUGUGGAGUUUGAGAGACGGAAGCUCUAUUUCAGUCAUUGAUUUUGGAUGUCCUGUAAAUUGUAUCGAUCAUCAUCCUACAAAACAGCAAGUUGCCUGUGGUUUAUGGAGUGGAAACAUUGAAAUAUGGGAUACAGUUUCUCUUGAAAAAAAGCUAACACUAUCAAGCAGUGGUUAUUCAGUUAAAUCAAUAGUUUAUACAUUAGAUGGUUUGAACAUAAUCACAUCAUACAUGAAUUCUGAUGUGACUAUUUGGUCGUCUGAACAAGGACUUAAGAUCUCUUGCCUUAAAGGACAUGUUUUGCCUGUUAAAUCAAUAAGCUAUUCACCUGAAGGUGAUAAAAUUAUUAGCGGAAGUGAUGAUUGCACUCUCAAGGUUUGGCCUGCUGAAUCAGGAUUGUCUGUUCGCACUUUUUCUGAAUGUAAAUGUUACCCUAUCAGUGUUUUGGAAAUUUUAUCUCCCAAUCAUCUGGCUGUUGGAUUUCAAAAUUCUGACAUGUGGGUGAUGGAUAUGAGUACUGGUUAUGUGACGACGAAAAUGUCACUAGAAGCUGAUUUAGUUUCAUGUUUCAGUAAGUUUGAUUCGCUUACGUAUGCAUCCGGAAACACUGGAGAAAAGUGGACUGAUUUAUCUGUGAUAUUUGGAACCAAGUUUGGUAAAAUAAUGAUUGGAAACUUACAGACUUCGGAAAUUACGACAGUCGGAACCCUCAAUGCUAGAGUAACAACUGUUAUCCAUAAUGUACGAAUUAUUGUUUGCGGUAGUUCCGAAGGCGAUAUAGGACUCUUUUCAUAUCCUGAUAUGAAUUCUAAAAUUGUUACUGGAGCACAUGGAGGAUCAGUUACAGCUCUGAAUUUAUUUACUAAAGAUGAAAAUGUAUGGGUUAUAACAGCCGGUAGUGACAAAGUAAUCAAGUUUUGGGAGAUUGAUUAUGAAGAACUGGUUAUGAGAGGAGAAUUCUUCUCAAAGCACUAUGAUUAUGUCACUUGCUGUUCUUUUUAUCCAAAUUCUCUUUACGAGCAAGCUUUCCUUACCGGAUCUCAUGAUAACAACAUCAUCUUACAAAAUGAAUGCAAUGAUAAAACUUUGUAUGAAGGUCUUAAGACAAGCGUAGUAAAUAUGGCAUUCACAGAUAAAUAUAUUCUUGGCUGUGGUAGUGAUGGUAGUGUCGCAAUGUGGACAGAAGAAGGAAAAUUACUAAGCUAUAUACCUGGUGUUGAACAGUCAUCUGUUGUUUUGUCUUACAGAGUUGACAAAGAUAUUUCCGGUGAAUUUGAUAUAACACUCGCAUUUGUCGACAGAGAUGGAAGUGUGAAAAUAAGAAAACCAAAUCAGAGAGCAUUUUCAUAUUCAUUGGAAGGUCACAAUAGAGGCAUUACUUCUUGCUGUACUAGCCAAAGUGGUGAAAUUUUAUCCUGCUCUUUAGAUGGUACUGUUAAUUUGUGGAAAAUACCUGAGGAACCAGGAGAUAUUCAUCCAGAGCAUUUAGCUAGCAUAACUGAUUUUUGUUUUUCUGUUUCACGAGAAGAAAUUAUCAGUUCAGACGCAUAUGGUAAUGUUAUUAUUUGGAAAUUGGAUUUCUCAACAGAUACUCCAUUUUUGUUUGCUGGAAAGAAAACAUAUGCUGGGGGAUAUGUCAAAUCACUGUCAUUGCUUCAAGACAAGAAACUGGUUUGUGCAGUCACUCAGACAGCAGAUGAUGGCGAUAAAUAUUUUAUCGAUGUUUUAUAUUUUGAACGCAGUACUUCUGAUAACAAUUCUAUCUACAGUUUUCAUGCUGAGAAUUCACACUAUUUUGACAGUGAAGUGCUGUGCCUUGAUGCAAGUGGGACAACUGAAACAAUUGUAGUUGGUUUGAAGUCGGGAAAUUUCGUCCUUAUUAAUUCUGAUGUGAAGAAAACAAUUAAUGUAUCUAACGACUGGGUUUUAGGUAUAAAUUUAUAUUCGAAUUCUGUUGACUCUCCAGAAUUUAUAUUUGCAGCAUUGUUGAAUGGUACAGUUAAAUGUAUUCAGAUUGAAGAACCUCUGAAAAAUGAUGAUUCUAACAAAGUUGAAAUUAAAGAAAUUCAGUGCCCAGAUCUGGGGAACGUUCCUGUUUUUAUAAGUGCUUUCUGUUGUGCAAACUGCGAUAAUGUAUAUUGUGGUGAUUCACAAGGUUGGUUAAGAAGGUAUUCAAACUCUCCAAUAUCGAAAAAGAUUCAUGACGAUGCAAUCACUGGCAUUGCAGUUUGUGGUGUGUAUGUAUUUACAUGUUCCUUAGAUAAAACUUUAAAAGGAUGGAAUUCUGCUCUUAAUCAGGUUUGCUUAUUCCAUUCAUCGGUGCCGAUUACUAGUCUUGCUGGUUGUGAAAUAGUUCUUACUUCAACCGUGCCUACUUACAUUUUAGUGAUUGGUACUUCUUCUGGAGCUAUACAGUUAUUGCAAUUUCAUGAUAAAAAGAACAACUGAAAAUUUCCUAGGACAUGUUAAUUUUGCUUGAAUUUUAUUUUUGUUAUGAAAAUUAGCGAACGCUGUUGCUAUGUAGUUUCAGUAUUUUUUUAAUAUUUCUUAAUUUUAUUGCUGUUAUUUGUUGUAAAGAAAUAAAAUGCUUAAUUUUUU